GGAGGGGGCGGGGAGGGAAGCGAAGGCUGGGGAGCUCUAGGCCGGCCGGCGGUGGCGGCGGCAAGGCCGGGACUCGGGCUGAGGGCCUGCUGUGGCGGCAGCGGCGGACGCCGAGCUCUGCAGUUUCUCUGGAAACCCCCCUGGUAAGUGUGGAGGAGGCGGGACACUCUGACCCAAGACAAAAGGCUUGUAGCUCCAGCCAAAGAAAAUAAACCUUAGGGAGAAGGAAAAAAACAAAAAACAAAACCAACCCAUCAGCUGUUCCUGAGAACAGCCUGCAGUGGAAUCUACAGAGAGGACAACUAAUGUGAGUGAGGAAGUGACUGUAUGUGGACUGUGGAGACAGUAAGUCACGUGGGCCCUGAGGGCCUGGACUGGGUUAGCAACAGUUGUACAUGCUGAGGUGAGGUGCUGAGAAGGGAAAAGUGAAUGUGGUCUGGAGAGUGGCCUUGGCUUCACAGGGUGUGCUUUCCUCUGAGGCCAUCCGGGAGCUCAGCCCCUGUGUUCUGCCAGGGUGGGAUACAGGGUUUGGCACUGAGGAGGGUAACUUGCUGGCUGGAGCAGCAGAGCAGUGGCCUUGAUUUGUCUUUUGGAAGAUUUAAAAACCAAAAAGCAUAAACAUUCUGGUCCUUCAGCAAUGCUUUCUCUGAAGAAAUACUUAACGGAAGGACUCCUCCAGUUCACCAUUCUGCUGAGUUUGAUUGGGGUGCGGGUGGACGUGGAUACUUACCUGACCUCACAGCUUCCCCCGCUCCGGGAGAUCAUCCUGGGGCCCAGUUCUGCCUAUACUCAGACCCAGUUCCACAACCUGAGGAAUACCUUGGAUGGCUAUGGUAUCCACCCCAAGAGCAUAGACCUGGACAAUUACUUCACUGCCCGGCGGCUCCUCAGUCAGGUGAGGGCCCUGGACAGGUUCCAGGUGCCGACCACUGAGGUAAACGCCUGGCUGGUCCACCGGGAUCCAGAGGGGUCUGUCUCUGGCAGCCAGCCCAGCUCAGGCCUCACCCUCGAGAGUUCCAGUGGCCUCCAGGAUGUGACAGGCCCAGACAACGGGGUGCGAGAAAGCGAAACGGAGCAGGGAUUCAGUGAAGAUUUGGAGGAUUUGGGAGCUGUAGCCCCUCCAGUCAGUGGAGACCUAACCAAAGAGGACAUAGAUCUGAUUGACAUCCUUUGGCGACAGGAUAUUGACCUGGGGGCUGGGCGUGAGAUUUUUGACUAUAGUCAUCGCCAGAAGGAGCACGAUGUGGAUAAGGACCUUUGCGAUGGAGCGGAGCAGGACGACACCUGGUCAGGCGCGGGUGCAGAGGCUCUGGCGCGAAACCUGCUAGUGGAUGGAGAAACUGGGGAGAGCUUCCCUGCGCAGUUUCCAGCAGACAUUUCCAGCAUAACAGAAGCAGUGCCUAGUGAGAGUGAGCCCCCAGGUCUUCAGAACCACCUCUUGUCUCCUCUCCUGACGGGGACGGAGUCGCCAUUUGAUUUGGAGCAGCAGUGGCAAGAUCUCAUGUCCAUCAUGGAAAUGCAGGCCAUGGAAGUGAACACUUCGGCGAGUGAGAUCCUGUACAGUGCCCCUCCUGGAGACCCCCUGAGCACCAACUACAGCCUUGCCCCCAACACCCCCAUCAAUCAGAAUGUCAGCCUGCAUCAGGCGUCCUUGGGAGGCUGCAGCCAGGACUUCUCACUCUUCAGUCCCGAGGUGGAGAGCCUGCCUGUGGCCGGCGGCUCCACGCUGCUCCCGCUGGCCCCCAGCAAUUCCACCAGCCUCAACUCCACCUUCAGCUCCACCAACCUGGCGGGCCUCUUCUUUCCGGCCCAGCUCAACGGCUCGGCCAACGACACGGCGGGCCCCGAGCUGCCCGACCCGCUGGGGGGCCUGUUGGACGAAGCCAUGCUGGACGAGAUCAGCCUGAUGGACCUGGCCAUCGAGGAGGGCUUCAACCCCGUGCAGGCCUCCCAGCUCGAAGAGGAGUUCGACUCUGACUCAGGCCUCUCCUUGGACUCCAGCCAUAGCCCUUCCUCCCUGAGCAGCUCCGACGGCAGCUCCUCGUCCUCCUCCUCGUCCUCCUCGUCGUCCUCCUCGUCGUCGUCCUCCUCUGCGUCCUCGUCGGCUUCUUCCUCCUUUUCUGAGGAAGGCGCCGUUGGCUACAGCUCUGACUCUGAGACCCUGGAUCUGGAAGAGGCCGAGGGCGCUGUGGGUUACCAGCCCGAGUAUUCCAAGUUCUGCCGCAUGAGCUACCAGGACCCGGCCCAGCUCUCCUGCCUGCCCUACUUGGAGCACGUGGGCCACAACCACACGUACAACAUGGCGCCCAGCGCCCUCGACUCCGCUGAGCUGCCGGCGCCCGGCGCCCUCAAGAAAGGCAGCAAGGAGAAGCAGGCCGACUUCCUAGACAAGCAGAUGAGCCGGGAUGAGCAUCGAGCCCGAGCCAUGAAGAUCCCUUUCACCAAUGACAAAAUCAUCAACCUGCCGGUGGAGGAGUUCAAUGAGCUGCUGUCCAAAUACCAGCUGAGCGAGGCCCAGCUGAGCCUCAUCCGCGACAUCCGGCGCCGGGGCAAGAACAAGAUGGCGGCGCAGAACUGCCGCAAGCGCAAGCUGGACACCAUCCUGAACCUGGAGCGGGACGUGGAGGACCUGCAGCGCGAUAAAGCCCGGCUGCUGCGGGAGAAGGUGGAGUUCCUCCGGUCCCUGCGGCAGAUGAAGCAGAAGGUCCAGAGCCUGUACCAGGAGGUGUUCGGGCGGCUGCGGGAUGAGAACGGGCGGCCCUACUCGCCCAGCCAGUACGCACUCCAGUAUGCCGGGGACGGCAGUGUCCUCCUCAUCCCCCGCACCCUGGCCGACCAGCAGGCCCGGCGACAGGAGAGGAAGCCGAAGGACCGAAGAAAGUGAGCCUGGGGAGGAAAGGGGGGUUGACGCUCACUGGGAUGGAAACUGGAGAAGGGCUGGGCCUGGACCUGGACCUACAGUGGGGACUUGAAUGCCUUCUUACCCAAUAGAUCUUUUCAGAUGGGAUGGACUGCGGGUCAGUGGACAGGAAGAGGAGGGCGCAGGCGCUGUCUGGCUCGGCUUCCCCCCGGGGAGGGGGGGGCGGGGGUGGUGCGGAAGCAGCCAGACCGUUUGGGUGGACAGGGUCCUCACCCCUACUGUGUCCUCCGAGAGAAGGGGUGGUGCUGGCAUUGCUGGAGG